AUGCUAACAAAGUCGCAGUGGAUGAGGAAAUCGACCUCUACGGCCGCACUAGCACAUCACCCCGACAAGGUCGCAGAAGACGACCGCGCAGAGGCUGAAAUCCGCUUCAAGGCUGCGAAACAAGCCUACGAAAUCCUCUCCGACGAUGACAAGCGACAUAUGUACGAUACCCAUGGCAUGGCCGCCUUUGAUCCCUCUAACGGAGGUAUGGGCGGCGGCGGGCCCGACAUGGACGACAUCUUUGCGCAAAUGUUCGGCGGCAUGGGUGGCAUGGGUGGAUUUGGAGGAAUGCCAGGUAUGGGAGGCAUGGGCGGCAUGCCAGGCGGGCGAAAUGUACCGCGCAAAGGACGAUCAGUCGAGCAAGAAUACGAGGUCACGCUAGAAGAACUUUACAAAGGCAAGACGACAAAGUUCUCAAACACGAAGAACAUCAUUUGUUCCUUGUGCAAGGGCAGCGGCGGCAAACAGGGCGCAAAGAGCAACGCAUGUGCCGUUUGUAAUGGACGCGGUGCCAAGCAAGUUCUCCGCCAAGUUGGGCCCGGUCUUGUUACACAAGAGACUGUUGCAUGUGGUAACUGUCAAGGUUCCGGCCAGGUCAUCCCCGAGAAGCAACGCUGCAAGAAGUGCAAGGGCAACAAAGUCGUCGAGACGAAGAACGUACUUGAACUCUACAUCCCGCGCGGUGCCCGACAAGGCGAGCGCAUAGUACUAGCAGGCGAAGCAGAUCAACUACCAGAUCAAGAACCAGGCGACAUCAUCUUCACCCUCACCGAGGCCCAUCACGAUGUCUUCGAGCGCGCAGGAGCGGAUCUGAGAGCAGAGCUAAAAGUCAGCUUAGUCGAGGCCCUCACAGGCUUCAACCGCGUCGUCAUCACACACCUCGACGGCAGGGGUCUCAAGCUCCACGUCCAGCAGCCCGACGGCAACGUCCUGCGUCCCGGCCAGGUACUCAAAAUCCAAGGCGAAGGCAUGCCCAUGAAGAAGAGCGACGCAAGAGGCGACCUCUACCUCGUCGUCGACGUCGAGUUCCCCGAAGAUGGCUGGCUCAAAAACGACGCGGCCGUCCAAAAAGUCCGAGACGCAUUACCAAAGAGCGACAUGCCUGAAGAAAAACACGAGGAGGUCGAGGAGGUCGAAGUCGAAUGGGAUGCUGAGAUGGAGGACUUUGGUGCUGGUAGUGGUGAUCCCCGCGCGGGAGGUGGGGAGUGGGAAGACGACGAUGAUGAAGAGGCGGGGCCGCAGUGUGCGACGCAAUAG